AUUACGGUAAACGGUCGACACGGAAAAAACUUUCCCUUUACUUUCAUUUUAUCAGCAAUGAUAACUUCACGAUCAGAACAGCGUUGAACAUCACUCUGAAGCCUCGGGCUCGAAUAUAAAUGAAGAGAAGCGAUUAUAAGCCGAUAUCAAGUGAAUGUGAAGUGAAUCUGUUUGUUAUUUUGCGCUCCGGAGUGUUUCAGACCGCGGAAGACGAAAACAGGGCGCGUGAGGAGUUCACGCGAUCGAUCAUGUGAGUUUGCUCCAUCAUGGCCCUCUCAGCUCUUACAGCAGAAGGCUUGAGACGUCAGUGGAUGGACGGCGAGACAGAAGAACCGCCGCUGGAGGAUGAGUUUACCUGCGCAGGGGUGUUGAGGGGGGCGCUGGGGUCCCUGCGGCCCACCCUUCAGCAGGUUUUUGGGGUGACGCUGAGUAUCGGAGGAGAAGACGCGUUCUCACAGGAUGGACAGAUGUGGCUGCGUCUGUGCGGAGCCGGCCGAGACGUGCAGGCAGCAAAGGUUUUUGUGAAAGGUGUUGUGAAUCAGGAGGCGCAGCAGGAGUUCCAGUUUCCUGAAGCUCUUUACUGCGUGUUCUGUGGCGCUCGAGGGCUGUUCAUGGAUUGCCUGAUUAAAAACACCUCAGCACAUUUAGUGGUUGGAUCUCCAAGCUGUCUCCUGAUCACAGGACUGGAGGAACCGGUUGUGAAAGCGUAUUCGUUCAUUACAGAUCUGAUAGAGAAGUACAAGAGCAGUCAGGGCCGGUGUUCUGAUCUUGGAUCUGUGAUCACGGGCGAGUCUUUGGAUUUACUUCAGCGCUUCAAGUCUCUGGUGGAAGGCCGAGAAGAUCGCCACACCGUCAGCCUGUUGGUGUUACCUGUGACUGUAAAAAAGGUUCUGCUGGACUUGGUGAAACAGUCUGGACGGGAUGAAAAGCCAGGCCGGGAAGAUCCGUCUCGAGCAGCGCCGAGGACUGACGACGAAGUGAUGCCGCAUAAACGUCCGGUCGACCAGAACCGAACGAUCGUGACACCUGUGAACACACGUUGCAAGCAGUCGGGUUCACACGGAUCUGUCCAUCACGGAGCAAACAGCACAGGAAGGACGAGCGAUGUCUCCAACGGUUUCGUUCCCGUCUCGCUGCGUAGAACUGGCUCGGAGAGUCUGGAGGAAACCGAACGAGAUGAUGAAUCUGGACACGGAGAUGAAUUCCAGCACCUUCUUAAGUUCUUCACCGCCAUGGGUUUUACAGAAGAGGUGGUUCAAAGGGUCCUGGCUCGCACCGGCCCAAAAGAAGCCUCGCAGCUUCUGGAUUUGAUUCAACAAGAACAAGACAAAAGUGGCCAGCGCAGAGGAAACACUGACACUCUGAGGAAAGACACGGAUGAGAGCGCUACAGAAGAAGAGAACGCCAAACCAGAUGAUUUUGUCCUGGGUGUGCUGAAGAAAGCAGCGGCCACCUGUGGAUACACAGAAGAGAAAGUUGAGCAGGUGUACAGCAGUCUGACUGAGCCGAACCCACGUCAGCUUCUCAUGGAGCUUCAGAGACCAGACAGAAGACCAGGCUGUGACACGACCGUGGAUCCACGGACCGGUGUGGAGGAGAAUGCCAAGACGUGGAGCGACGAUACGCUGCAACCUCUCGUUUCAGUCAGAGGUCCACCGCAAACAACAUACACCUCGAGACCCGGCCUCGAGAACUUAAAUGUACGCGAGGUCAGCCCCGACCAACGGCCAAUGAAUUCGCACCUCCGACCUGCUGGGUCGCACACCAAUCACAGCUUCCCAAAAGGACAGAAGAUCUCCGGCGUCCAGCGACAUGACACGCAGAGCAAACCGAGAGCGAGCCGAGCGCCGGCGGGAGCUUCAACCGGGGUGACGGGACGUCAGAGGUUCAUCGAGGGACUCAAGACGCAAUUCAGACCCCAGCUGUCGGACGACCCCGGUGAUGAGAAGCUGCGUCAGAUCAUCGUUGAUGGAAGCAACGUUGCUAUGAGUCAUGGUUUGGGGGUGUUCUUCUCGUGUCGAGGCAUCGCUCUGGCCGUGCAGCACUUCUGGGGAAGAGGCCAUCGCAAAAUCACAGUGUUCGUCCCUCGGUGGAGACAAAAGAAAGACUCAAAGAUUAAAGAGCAGCAUUACCUGACUGAACUGCAGGAUCUGGGUUUACUGUCGUUCACUCCGUCCAGAGAGGUGGAGGGCUGCAGGAUCAACUCGUACGAUGACAGGUUUAUGCUCCGCUUGGCUCAGCAGACGAAUGGUGUGAUCGUGACCAAUGACAACCUGAGAGAUCUUGUGGACGAAUCGCCGGCGUGGAGAGACAUCAUCAAGAGAAGUUUACUACAGUACGUGUUUGCUGGAGAUCUGUUCAUGUUACCCGAUGAUCCGAUGGGCCGUGGCGGACCUCAUCUCAAUGACUUCCUACAGACACACAACAGCAGUUUACCUCCUCCUGGAAGUCACUCGUUUGCUGGCGUGUCGUCGUCUCUCUCCUCUCCCUCUCCCGCCCCGCGUGCACACACUGAAGUGCUGCAGUAUCGAGACUGGACACCAGGAGGUCACGGCAGAGGUCAGGGGUCAGUCGGAGGUGAGGGGCGGGGUCACGGCGAGGAGGUAAGGACGGCCGAGGACACGCAGAAGCUUAGCCAGAGUUUGAUGCAGAUCUUUCCCGAGCAGGAGAGCAUCGUCCACAUGAUAUUACAGCGUCACCCGUCAAUCAAAGACAUCAACCGACUCACUAACUUCAUACUGGAACAACAGGAAUAAACAGACACACACACACGACCAGAAAAUAGUGAAAAACAUCCAUAUGUCAUCAGUCGGAACACUAAACAAGUACAGCAGUGGAGAAAUGUGAUGUCUUCACCCUUUAUUUCUAACAUGAUAUUAUUGAAGCUGUGUGUAAACUGUGGUUAACCAGGUUGAACUUUUUCCCAAAUAAUUCUAUCCAGAGUUGAGUGUUUUCUCCAUUUUCUACCGUACCAUACACCUCGUGAUAGGGCUGUCACAAUUAUUAAACGAUCGCCUCAUCGCAACUAUUGACAUAAUCGCAAUUAUUUCAGACAACCGCAAUGAUUGUAAAUCCUUAGAAAACAAGAGUGAUGUGCAGCAUUUUACAUCCACCGUCCUUGAUCUGCACUCACGGUUUCGUUCAAAGGACAUUUCUUCAUCGUUUGAGUUGAGUUUCGUAACAGGGAUCCUAUUCCUUUUAUUGGGCAAUUCUCCCGGAAAAGCACGCCCACGGCAAGGUGAAAGAAAGAGCACGCCCACGGCAAGGUGAAAGAAAGAGCACGCCCACGAGCCAACCGACGAGCGAUAGGAAGACCCGCUUACCAAGAUUGACUGCGUUACUCUUGCGAUAGACGCCUUUACUGUUAGUAAACAUUGUGACGCGUUUUUGUGGUCGGAGCUUAGCUGGAGGCAGAAAGAUCCCACUGACCGCAUUUCUAAUGCUAGGUAGCACGUUUUGUUUGCUUGCUUUUUGACAAAAUGAAAAAAUCGGAUUAAGUUUUAACAUUUAAGGUCACUCACUGUCUAGGAUUGCGAUUGUUUUUGAAAAAGUUCACUUUAACGCCAUGAACCUGGCCGACCUGUAUGCGCUCACUCAAUGGAUCCAGGGAUGAACUGAAAGGAUUACCUCCAGUUAAGUGGCCUGACAUCUACACCUAUUACACCUACCGGACAGAGAAACCAAGCGUGUAUAGUAAAGAUAACCUGAGAGCGUAUACAUCUAAAGAUGCCUGCGUGUACUAACAGUGGCAAACGUUAGCAAAUGCAUUUACUUGAACACAAACCUGACACAGAACAUGAGCCCUCCCCGAUAGCACAUGUACAUCUGGCAGACAUCUAUUUGAUGUCUGCAUUUACAUCUGGCCGAUCUGCCCUACAUCUCUUGAGACGUCAGAUGUCACGUAGACCUCUAGAAGAUGUCUGUAAGAUGUGUGUGAUUUACAAUGGAUGUACAACAGCUCUUUCUAAGAUGUUUAGCAGAUGUUUUUACACAGCAGAUGUUUUCCAGAUCUUUAGCAGACAUCUAACAGAUGUACCUGUGCUAUCACUGUUUCCUCUCCCUUUAUAUGAAUGCACUUGUGACUAAAGAAAAAGAGAUGACAAACACUUUCCUUUAUGUUUAGUUUCUGGCCGAUAGUUGCUAGUUGUAUAACUAACAAAGUUAGCGAGCAUACCCUAUGAGUUCAGAAGCUAACGCUAACUUAUGUGAAAAAUAACAUUGUUCCCCAGUUUCUGAUUUGGGCAUACAUAUUUUAUGACAUACCCAAAUCAUAAUCCACACCAACAAAAGACAGUCGCUUUCUAAUCUUCAGUGUUAUGAAGUGAAACGCGAGCAUGUUUGAUGAUCGUUUCGGUUCAGUCCGCUAGUUUUAUUGUGUUUAACUACAGCUGUCGUCCGUGUUUUUGUUUGGCAGUGGCAGCAGCUAUGUGUUAAAAUAUCAAAUUGGAGACUGUAUUCUGUGGAUUGUGGCACUAAACAACACAACAAGAUGAUAUUUUAAACUCCUUAUGUAGCCCAAUCUGUGCUGGUUUGUAUUGGCUGCCUCCAGCUUUCCCUGUGUCAGCGUGACGUCGGCGAGAAAGGGGUCUUUAGGGAGAGAAGUUGAGGUGUGUCUGUUUGUUCAGGGCAUUUCAGUGAUGGAUGUUAUAUAAACAGUACAUAUAACGCUGGAUUUGGAGAUGUUUGAAACUGAUAGAUGGUCCCAGUGCUAAAAGAUGCCGGUCAUGAACCGCACGCGGUAAGUCAAACUAAGUCAUACGUCUGUGUUUUGUUGGCAAUCGGCGCGUACGUGCGUAAUGUACACAACACGAAGGGAUUAAUGUGAUUAAGUGUUGUGUGCUCGUGCUGUAGUUUACAUUUACAUUUAGUCAUUUAGCAGACGCUUUUAUCCAAAGUGACUCACAGAGAGUUCAGGGAGCAAUAAGCGAUAUGUCAUACAGGAGCAAUAAUACAUUAGGUGCUUAUACAAAGUUACUGGUUUCAACAAAAGCCAGACCACUACCUGUUGAGAUGAAGAGAGAGGAAUAGUUCCGUCCCCCGGCACGCCUCCAGCAGCUCGUCUUUUUCCGGAAAUAAUCGUACAGCUGUAUCUGUCUUUUAUAAAUGUUAUCAAACGAAAUACUCUUCGAAGAUACACCGUAUGUGAUACUACUGUACAAGAUUAAUAUGAGAUUGGCAGAAACUGUGUGUUAGCCCAUCUUUAAAGCGAUUCCAGAUUUUCUGCAUUUAUAACAGCGAGACGACAUCAUCCUGAUAUCUCAGUGUUUUUAUUUUCUGUUAAGGUCACUCUAUAUUGAAUGUUAGUAGUUAUUUACAGAAUUUUCACAUUUUUAAUGUAUCUAUAUUUUAUUUAUUGACUAGAUUACUUGUAAUUAAUUUGGAUAAAAGCUUCUGCUAAAUGACUAAAUGUAAUUAAUCGUUAUAAUUGUCAAAGCCUUUAAACAGACAAUUAAUCGCAAUUAUUUAAUGGACAAUUAAUCGUCAGCCAAAUUUCAUGAUCGUGACAGCCCUACCGCAUGAUGGUUUAAUAUAAUCUGAAGGUGCUUUAAAAGCAAAUAGUGCAGAAAUAUCCCCUCUGGGCAUUGCUUUUGGUCACUGCUAUAUAUCCGAUGAAAUGUGACGUAUAUAUUUAAUGGUAAUGUAAUAAAUCACGAGGAACCUCUCAAAUAAUGACGAUCACUUCCUUUGAAUCGUCAAAGCUCUUUCUCUGUUAUCAUCCUUAACUUCAGCUUCUCUAAUAAAUCAAAUGGAUUUGUUCAUAUUACUCGCAUGCGGAUGAUUUUAGAUGAAUACAUCCUGAAUGGGAGACUACAGCUAAUAUUGUCAAGUGAUUUUUUUAUCUUAAACUGGUGUUUUCAUAUGAUUAAUAUUUUGUCAGCAAAACCGCUCCGCUGACAAAAUAUAAAGUUUAUGUACAUUCAACAAGCUUCAAAACAAUAAACGAUUCAGGUAACUGGAAGAUAUCUGUGUUGCGAGGUCAAAAGAAAGAUUCUGGAUGUUCAUUAAAUGU